ACAAAAACCUCAGAUUUUUAUUACCAGCUGUUCCUCCUAUAUCAUCAUCAUCAUCUUCAUCUUCUUCUUCCUCCUCCGCCUUCAUCACCUCUUCUUCUCAUUUUGCUCCAUCAGGCACAAGACAAGAACAAACACCAUGAAAACAUUUCUUGAUCUCCAUGAUCUUUGAUGGGGUUGGAUGGAAGAUGAAGAUUUCUUUCAAACCCUAACUUUCUAAUGAAACCCUUCUCCAAAGUUUUGAUCUUUGCUAAGCUUUUAGAUGUUUGAGCCAUGGAGAUAACUUCUACAGCCGCACAUGCCUCCAAGUCCCCGGAACCCAUACCCGACACACCGAUCCGGAUCCAACCCGCCAAGCCCGUCACGCCCUGCACCAACGGCGUCCUCAAGCGGCACCGCCAGCAGGCGACGCCGGCGGCGGCGGUUGUUGUGACCUAUAGGGAGUGCCUCAAGAACCACGCGGCUAGCCUCGGCGGCCACGCCCUCGAUGGGUGCGGCGAGUUUAUGCCCUCCCCGUCCGCCACCUUCUCCGACCCCACUUCCCUCAAGUGCGCUGCCUGCGGCUGCCACCGCAACUUCCACCGCCGCGACCCCGACGAUAGCUCUCCUCCCCCGCUGCCCUCCGCCACCCACGCGAUCGAGUACCACCCCCACCACCGCCACCACCCUCCGCCGCCGAGGAGCCCGAGCUCCGCCUCCCCGCCGCCGAUCUCCUCCUCGUACGCGCCCCACAUGCUACUGGCCCUCUCUUCCGGCUUGCCCUCCGGCCCGGAGAAGCCCCCUCCAGUGGCCCCGCACCCGACAGCCAUGAUCAGCCCCAACCCGGGCAGCCGGAAGCGGUUCCGGACGAAAUUCAGCCAGACCCAGAAGGACAGGAUGCUCGAGUUCGCCGAGCAAGUCGGGUGGAAGAUCCAGAAGCGCGAUGAGGACUUAAUCCAGGAGUUCUGCAGCGAAGUCGGGGUCGACCGGAACGUCCUCAAGGUCUGGAUGCACAACAACAAGAGCACCUUCGGGAAGAGAGAAACUAAUCAGAACACCGGGCAUGGCAGCGCCGGAGGCGGCGGCGGUGGAAACGGAUGCGGCGGUGAGAGCCACAUGGCCGAGCCUCACAUGGGGACCAAUGGGUCUUCAUCUUCUUCUUGAGCUCGAGAGCUUCUUUUGUCACUUAUUAAUUUAUAUUCUAUCUAUAUUAGGGUUAAUUAAUAAGUGUUUAGGGUUAGGGUUAGGGUUAGGGAGUAAUCAGCUGAGCUAUUACAUAGAAGCAUCAUUUAAUCAGCUCAUCUUUCCUUUUGUACUCUGGUUCUUGAUUUUGGGGUUUAAGAUUAAGGUUGUCUUUAGUUGUAAUCAAAUCAAUGAUGAUGGUUAAACUGGUUCGAAUCCAUCGACCCAUAUAUUCAAGAGAGCUCUUCCAUCGACAAAA